AUGUCAAAUACUCAUCCAAAAUCUGAAUCGAUUGUACCAUCGACAUCUACUUUUGAUCCAAUUAAUUUAGAAUCUGAAAUUCUUCAAUUAUGUCGUCAAUUUCCUAAUGGUGUUAGUGAUAAAAGGCUUGAAAAUUCAUUUCAACCAAGUACGUAUAUUUAUCGUAUACGAGAUCCAAUGAAUAAAUCAAAUUCAUCAAUAUCAAUUGGUAUUUGGAUGCGUGAUAUUAGAUUAAAAAUAAAAUUAUCUCCAACAAUACUUAAUAAAACACUUAAAUCAUUAGAAAGUACAUGGUGA